AUGUCCACCCCGAGAAGGAUUCUCCUUCUCUCACUUGCUCUCGCUCUUUGUGAGUGCUUGAAGAUUUUUUUAUUUUUCAUUUUAAAAAAAUGGGUUUUAUUUUUUUGAAGUUUUUUUGAAAAUCAUGAGGAUCGUAAUAUGAGAAUUCGGAAUAUAAAAAAACUUGUUUGAAGACGAAUAAAUCAAUGUAUGAUUUUAAAUUUCGUAGGAAGUGAGUACGCUCUAGCGAUAAAAUUCUCCAAUUUUCUCGAGAAAACCAAAAAAGGGGCGUCACCUGCUAAUCAAAAAGAUUUGUAAUUAAUAAUUGUGAGUAAAGUGUGACUUCUGAGAAAUCUUUAUGAGGAUUUUUUCCUCCAAAAAACUUGAAGGUUUUUCAAAGAGCAUCCGACCCAAAACGACUUGCGCGACUUGGCAUCGGGAAAUAUGAGAGUUCUUCUUACAUAAGCCCGCUUGAGCUAUUCCACGUGCGGCCACGGCGUUCAAAGUCGGAUCAUAUACUUUCUGGUGUUGUAAAUUGAAAAUUAAUAGAAUCCCAGAUGUUUUAUGAAUCGAGUUUACAGAUUAUUUCUAGGGUUAUUCUGUACUUUCGCUCUUGAUGUGUAUGACCGCGCAGAAGAGGAGAAAGCAAGCCGAGAAGCAGUGAUAAAGGAAAUUUCCUUCAGAAACAUACAUCAGCCUUAUCGAAUUUUGAUCUCUCCCAACAGUUCGCAGUGUUCAGGGUUUGGUUUUUAUAAAAUUUUCGAAGGAGAGUUUCUGAGCUUCUGUAGUGAACACAAGAGUGUUGAAAACGCUAAAGGUAUCACUAGAAAUGUUCAGAAACGUCCGGUUUGCUUUACCGAGCUCCGAGAGAAGUUUCCGAAAUUCAGAACUGUUUUCUCAGGAAACCAAAAAUUCUGGCCAUUGUGUUAUCAACGGCAGACGGCUAUGAAAUGCGACAGACGAUCCGGGCAACUUGGGCCAGCCCGAAAGUGUCCAAAACAGUUGAGGUGAGUGUCAAAAGAUGACUUGAAUGACUCUGACCCGUCUGCCCUCUCUUUUCCAUCACCGGGAAGUCACCGAAACAGAGAACUUCAUGACAACAACCAAACUAUUCCUAUAAAAAUUAACCAGUUUUAGGAAGGAAAGAUUGUCGUGAAUUUCAUCAUUUCACAACCGAAGUCCCAAGAACUCAUGCACAAAUUAUUGACCGAAAAUUCGACUUACGAUGACUUGAUUGUCACCGAUCUGCCGGACGAAUAUGACUUACUGCAUUUGAAGGUUUUCAGUUUUUUAUGAAUGUUUGAACUCAAGUUUUCAAGGUUUACGCUCUGUUGGACUUUUUCCGAGAUAACUGUCUUCAAGCCGAUUUCGUACUGAAAAUUGACCAAGACGUUGCUGUGGACGUCGACCGGAUGCUAUAUUACAUCGAGAAAGAUAUUUAUGCCAAUGUUUUGUCAAUCAGCGGACUUGUAUGGUACGAUUCAAAGGCUCGACGAGAUCCCACCGACAAAUGGUUUGAUUUAUAAUUUUUUUUAAAGUGUCUUCGAGAUUUUUCUUGAGCGGUUUUAUGUUAAGAAUUGGCUCUUCUACAUUUAAACGUUUGAAAUUUCUUCUUUUUGAUAAUUUAAAGAACUAUGAUUCUACCGCGUUUUAGAGGCAUUUUGCCGGUGUGUAAUGAUAUUUGAGUUAAUGAAUAAACAAUGCCUGAAUUUCGCAGCGAAGUUGCAUUUCGGACAAAAAAGAACCUCUUUUUUUUCUCGAUUUUUCUUUUUGUUUUCAAAGUUUUCAGUUUCUUUCAAGAAAUUUUCCUUCACAAAAGCAUUCGACUAACCAAAGAUGAGCUCAUGUAACAGUAGAUUAAAUAUUUGCAAAAAUGAUUGCUUCGCUGUGUUGGCGCGAAUUCAAAAGUCAUUUUUUUAAAUCGAACACUUUUUGCAGUUUCAAGUAGACUUCACGAAAUGACAAUGUUUCAAGUUUCAUAUUUCACUGGCCAUGAAGUUGUCACACAAUAUUUUUUUUGAAAAGGCCUAAGCUUUUGAAUUGUUUUCAAAAACUGACAAGAAUAAAGCUUUGAUUUUAGGUUCGUUACUGAGGAAGAGUGGGGCGAGUUUUACUAUCCAAAGUACUGCAACGGACCUUUUUAUUUGAUUGGCCGAAGUGCGGCUCAACGACUACUGCACCAUGCAAAAACAACUCACGCUUUCCGAUUUGAGGCAAAUUUAUUUUUCUAUUGGAAGAUUUAGCAAUUUCAUUUCAGGACGUAUUGUUUACCGGAAUCAUUGCGAGGAAAGCGAGGGUACCGAGAAACAAGUGGGAUCGACAUUUGAUUCCUUUUUAUGCGGUAUGAAAGUUUUCUUUCACAGGUUUCAGAAGAAAUUUCGAUAGGAGAGCAUUUUUUUCAUUUUUCAAAGUUUUUUGGAUACUCAGUCUCCAGAAAAAAUACGUAAUAUUCAAAUUUCCAUCUCAUUUAGAGAUCUGGUUAUACCCGACGUUGGCUCCGGGCAAAUGACUGAUGAGAAAAAAAAGUGUCAAGCUUUAAGUUUUUCGAAAAAAAAAGUGUGUUUUCUCUCAACUUCUUACAAACAAAGUAAAAUAUUUUUCUUGCUUCGAAAAUUUAAAAAAAAAUUCCAGCACUCUGAGGAGAUCCCGGCCGCUUGCACUGAAGAAAAUGGAGUUCAAACGCCGACGAUUUUCGGAGUUCAUUCUUUCAAAGAAACCGCCAGUUUUACGGACGCCUUUAAUCGAAUCCGAAAUUUGAAAUGCUCAGGAAAGAAAAAUAAGGGAGAUUAG